AUGGGUAUCCCAUUUGGUGAUGAUCGCUGGGAAUAUUAUGCAGAUGAAAUCGAUAAAGAAUGCACCGCAUUACAGGCUAAACUUGAGGCACGUGAGGAAGCUGAAUUUUGGGAGGAGUGGGGAGAUGUGCCCAAUAUAUGUUAUAAUUGGCGUCAAGUAGAAAUGCCUGCCCCGGUGGCUGCUGAUAAUGAUGAAGCUGAAGAUGAAGAUGGUGAUGAUGAUGAUGGUGGACAUGAUGAUGAUGAUGAUGGUGGUGGUGGUGGAGAUGAUGAUGAUGAGUGGUAUGUCGAUAUCAUUCAGGAUUGA